AUGCUGCCCGUCGUGUUCACUUUUAUCUCCUUCAUCGGUAUCGCCGCCUCGUCCGCUGGCCAGGCGCACUACCGCCUCGCAUCGAUCCCAUGGGACCCCAUGGAGUUGAUCAGUCUCUGGCCCAACCGUGCCUGUCGCUUUUUUGGCGCGUUUUCUUUCGCACUGGCAUCCCUGGGCGUCAACAUCUCGGCCAAUUCCAUCUCCGCCGCCAACGACUUCACCGCGCUGGCACCCCAGUUCCUAAAUAUCCGCCGCGGCCAGCUCCUGUGCGCCGUGUUGUCGUGGUGCCUCGUCCCCUGGAAGAUUCUCGCCUCAGCCGGCAAUUUCCUUACCUUCAUGUCCGCCUACGCCGUGUUCCUGGGCCCCAUCGCUGCCAUUAUGUUGUUUGAUUUCUGGUUCGUCCACCGCCGUCGGUAUCACACACUUGCCCUGUAUCAGCCUGCCAACCCCACCUACCGCUAUGCAUUCAGCGUGUGUGGUUUUUCUGUGUCCGGUGUGAACUGGCGCGCGGCGCUGGCAUUUAUCGUCGGUGUGGCGUCGAAUCUCCCGGGCUUGAUAAACGCCGUCAACCCGAAUAUCUCGGUUGGGGCCGGUAUUCACCCGUACCAGUUCGGUUGGCUACUAGGCUUUGUGGCCACCGCUGGCGUGUACGUCGCGUUAUCGUGGUGGGCUCCGGCGCAUGAAGCGCGUGUCGACCGUGUAGUCCUGCCUGACGAAAUCUACGAGAGAGCGGCCGUGGUGGAGGGUGUGGAAGCAGAGGAUUCUGGUAAAUUGCCAGAACAGCCCGCCCAGACCAAGUCUGCAGAUGACAUGUCGCCAUCGGUAGAGAAAGCUGUAUAG